AUGAGUGAUUUCCCUCCCCUGGCUGCUCCUCCGCCGUCCCGUUUAUCCCAUGGGUCUCGCAGGUCUCCACCAGUUCAACAGUGUCGCUCCAUACCGUGCUUUACACCAGCGCCUGGUAGGACCCGUCUCCCUCCUAUCCCAACCACCUCUCCGUUGAAACCACCUUCACCAGCUGCUCAUCAGCGCUCUGCUCCCCCGCCUCGCUCCUCCUCCGACGGCCGCCCUGAGAAGCUAGCUGAGCAGCGCUCAGGUCUUCCGCCUCGCUUCUCUGUCAGAGGGCAUCCAGCGACAAAAGCUACCAAAGCUGCUGAGGUCAAUGACUCCACCGACCCAGUGCUGGUUGUUGAGUCGUCUAUGGUCCGUCAUGUCCGCAUUAACAAAUGCCGCACUUCAUGUCACUCAGGUGCACUCGUUAGUGAUGUCCGUCUUACGUCACCUACGUCACAGCCCAUCUGUUUUCACAGUAGUAAUACAUGCAGGCUCAAAUGACUUAAAGCUGGAGCUGUCUGAGAAACUGAAAGUGGACUUUAUCUCCCUCAUUGACAGUGUUUUAAACUCAAACAAACAGUGCAUCAUCUCAGGCCCAAUACCAUCCCCCCGCUUUGGAGAUGUGAAAAAUAGUCGUCUCAGACAACUACACAUCUGGCUCAAGAACCACUGCUGUAACAGACACAUCCCUUAUGUGGACAAUUUCACCACCUUCAUUAAAAGACCUGAUCUAUUUAAGCACGACUGCCUCCAUCCAAACUACAUUGAUCUCGUCUGUUAUCAACAAACAUUGAACUUACUCUACACUCCUGCAAAGCCUUCAUCCCGUGACAAUCCCAUUCGAUACCGCUGAUGGCCAGGCCUCAACCACCGCCAGCCGGGCUCCAACCACAGCCAGCUGGGCCUCAACCACCACCAGCCGCAUCAACAACAACAACAACAACGACAACAGCAGCAUCCAGGCCACCGCUGAACAGGAUGAAUAG